ACUGUACCCGACUACUGGACGGUCGAGAAUUGAUGGUAGGGACUGGGAAACGUGGCCUGAAGGAUUGGGGGUGUUCUAAACUCAGACGGCGAGGAAAUACUGUACCUUAUUUUCACAUCGGGGACCUGGGUGGAACUGGACCAGGUUGUUUGCUUUGCUUAGUUAGUUGCUUUCCUCGUGGAUGUUGCCUCAUAGGUGUCUCCAAAGGGAAAAUCAAUCUAAUUCGGGCUAGCGCUCAAUUGUGAAUGAACAGUGUACGGCUGUAGGUGCUUUACGCCCCAAUGGCAUUUGCAGACACUACUACUACUACUACUGCUGCUGCUGCCUUUUCGUUGUCCGUUGGUUGUUGACACGCACACCUCUGUUGGCUGUUACACGAAUUGAUGCAAAGUCGCACCAUGCGGUGUGUGGACCUAUGCCUUGUUGUGGAUUCAAUUCCGUAACCGUGCGGAAUCUGGGGAAUCCCUCAAGUCCUUGUAUGCUUUGACGUUUAGAUCCGGCUCCGGAGGUUGCACAGGGAUGCGGAGAUUUCACAGGGCUGGCCGACACUUGGCAGUAUUUAGGACUUGACAGAUCCCAGAGUUUAUGAGAUGUGUGUGCGGCAAAAUUACUAGACUUUUGGGAACGUUCAAGGGGGUUGGGAUCUAGGAAGUCGACACAGACGCGGAAUAAGUCGAGAGGAUUGCUUGAGCAUAUUUCGUGAAGAAGUUCGGACGUUUUUAAGCUUCGGAAUGUUGUCCGACACUUCGUGGCCGGAGUUUUACAACUUGUCAUUGUAUCAGAGGUUCAUAGCAGGGGUCAGAGGGAGUAGGGAGAGUAAUUCUUUGAUCACACUGCGGAUGGUCAACUUGUACAUUGAAGUUUUGCAGUUUUAGUCGAAUGCUCAUACAGGUGAUCACCGGACGUGGAGUAAGGUUUAAUAUUUUCGUAGCGAGAGAGAGCGCAGGAAACAGUCGACCAGUUGUAAUGGACUCCUCUUUUGUGGACCCGGAAAAGGGCAGACUAACAGAUGAGUCUCAGCUACGUACUUCCUGUAGAACUCAAGCGGAUGCCCUGUUCCGCAAAAAUCUUACAUAUCAGAAACGGAACUGGAAAACAAAUUGCUGCCUUAUAAUCUUUCCAGUUGCCCUCUGCAUCACUCUCGUCGUGAUGCAAGCAGUCAUCAACACCUCCAUCCGCGAUCGCUUCAAGUGUGGCUGUAAAGAUGUGCCCAAUUCCAACGGCGUUGGCACAACCAGGAAGUGCGGAAUCCAAUACUCCGCCCCCGAUGAAGCUCCGUUUUGUGGAAUCGAUAAACCACAUCCAUGGCCCGCCAUGCUACAGGUUCCUAGACCGCAGUUCAGGGCCACUAAAAGCUCCUAUUACCCAGAUUUGACACAGGAUGUGAACUGUAGAGCGGCUGGUACUUGUGCAGUGACAAUCCCCUACACUGGAACUAAUAAAACUACAGCUGAUGCGAUGGCGGAAGGACUUUUAGGUACUGGCACAGUGGAUCCCUUUGACCAAAAGACGUACUCCCUCUCUGCUGUAGUACCGGGAACAGAUGCCACUCCGGUCGGAUCCCUUCUCUUCGAAUCUGCAUUCACUUAUCCCACACCUAUCUACAUUCUUCGAUCCAAUUGUGAGAACUCGACGGACAACUUCUCUUUCACUACCACCACUCAAGGAUUUAAGAUCAAUCGAGAUUUUAAAUGCUUGGUAUCAAGGUCUUUGUGGCGUGCCAAUGCUUCCUCGGUGAACGAAAUGCUCUAUGCAGGCUACGUACGUGGCAACAAACGAAAGGAGAUCAACGAAGUUCCAGUUGCUUAUGAUUUCAGGAAUACGACUACGGAGAGGUUUGAUGUGAUGGUAUGGUACAAUGAAACUUUAGCAAACCGAACUGGCUUUCGCCCUUCUUCACUCAUUCGUGUAUCUCGCUCUGUGAACAUGGCAUCACAAGCAUUUUUGCGGCUCAAGUUGGGGCCAACGGCUGAACUUCCAUUACUGUUCGUGAAAGACAUGCCGAAAGGGGCCAAGCAUUUGAGCCUAAACUUUUCGCUGAUCAUCGGGCCACUUUUCUACAUGUGGAUAUUGGGCCUCUUGUUUCCCGUGGUGCUCACCGCUAUAGUAUACGAGAAGCAGUAUAAUGUUCGGAUGAUGAUGAAGAUGCAUGGCCUCGGCGAUACAGCUUACUGGGUCAUCACCUACUUGUAUUAUGUAGUUCUGUUCUGUCUUUAUAUGAUCAGCUUCAUCGUAUUCAGCUCCCUUGUCAAGCUUUCUUUCGUCACGAAAAAUUCGUACAGUUUACAAGCUGUGUUCUACUUCCUUUACAUUAACAUGAUUAUUUCGCUUGGUUUCGUCGCGUCCAAUUUUUUUCGGAAUGUCCGAACCGCGACAGCCUUUGGAUAUUUAUACGUGUUUGGAGCUGGACUACUAGGGGCUUUCAUCUUCAAGAAUUUCAUUGUGAACCCAGCCACCGACAGAAAAAUAGUCACCGGAUUGCAGCUCAUUCCUGCUUUUGCAACGUACCGUGGUGUCUACGAGUUUGUAGAGUAUUCAAUCCUAGCAAUUCAUAUGAAUUCGAAGGGGAUGCAGUGGAGCAAUCUCAAGGAUGAGAAUAACGGAUUGCGAACUGUCAUGCUCAUCUUGCUCAUUCAGUGGUUCGUCUUUAUGCUCCUCAACUUCUACUUGGAUGGGGUAGUAGCGUCUGCGAGCGGAAUAAGUAAGCAUCCCCUAUUCUUCUUGAACUUCAGACGCAAAGGUAACAAAAAUAAACUUGCUAUCAGUUCAAGCUCCAACCUCACAAGCUUCCGCAAAUUCUCUCGCAACUUCUCUGGCAGCUCAAGUGCUGUGGUGCACAUGAGCUCUGAAGACAAGCUAGUUUCUGAACGACCAGAUGUUGCCAGAGAGAACGAACUGGCUAAGGAUUUGGCUGCCAACCCCUGCAAGAAGUACCCAAUAGUUUGCGACAAUCUGCAGAGGGUGUAUCCUGCCAGAGAUGGUAACCCACCCAAGUAUGCUGUGCGGGGAUUCUCUUUAGCAGUUCCGCGGGGUGAAUGCUUUGGAAUCCUUGGGCCAAAUGGAGCAGGAAAAACGAGCUCUAUUAACAUGAUGAUCGGAUUUCUGAAGCCAACCGAUGGCACUGCUUACAUACAUGGGAUGGACAUUGUCACAGAUAUGGAUCGCAUCUACUCUUGCAUGGGCGUUUGCCCCCAACAUGAUUUGCUUUGGGGAUAUUUAACCGGUCGGGAGCAUCUUCUGUUUUACGGUCGACUGAAGAACUUGAAAGGGAGAGAACUCACUGAUGCUGUUGAAAAAUCACUCAAGAGUGUUAAUCUUUUCGACAAGGGAGUGGGUGAUAAACAGUGUCGGAUGUAUUCUGGUGGGAUGAAGAGGAGGCUGAGUGUUGCCAUCUCUCUCAUUGGGAAUCCAAAAGUGGUGUAUAUGGACGAGCCCAGCACUGGCCUGGAUCCAGAGUCUCGGAAUAACCUCUGGAACGUGGUGAAGCAGUCCAAGCAAGACCGUGCCAUCAUCCUCACAACCCAUUCCAUGGAGGAGGCAGAAGCUUUGUGCGACCGGCUUGGGAUUUUUGUAAACGGCGAGCUGCAAUGUAUAGGCAAUGCUAAAGAGCUUACUGCCAGGUACGGAUGCCUUUAUGUCCUGACAAUUACAACACCCCCAGAGGAGGAAGCUGAGGUGGUAGCAUUGGCAAAGUCUCUAUCCCCCAACGCCCAUCAGAUUUAUGGCAUCUCCGGCACCCAAAAGUUCGAGCUACCGAAGACGGACGUGAGAAUUGCAUCCGUUUUCUCUGCUAUCGAAAAAGCGAAGAACCGCUUGCAUAUUCGAGCGUGGGGUCUAGCCGACAUUACCUUGGAAGAUGUUUUUAUCAAGGUGGCUCGACAAAGUGGUGGAAUGCAGCUUCAAUAAUUUCCACAUCAAGAGUGCUACAACCCAAACGGUGUUUGUAGGACUGUACAUGACCAUAUUGCAUUCCACUCCAAUUCCUGAGUUCAUGUUCAAUUGCUCAGUUAUCUGUACAAUACAACCCACAUACAGUUUGCAGCUACAGCUUUUUGUAUCGAUUCUUUCUUUUGGGUAGUAAAACACGCCCUGCAAGUCUGCACCUUGCUUCAUCCAA